GAAAUAGUAGUUUUAGAGACCAACCAUGAACAAACUGAAAGAGAAACUUGGGUCCGCUAUGAGGAAUACGGCUCUGUCUGCGCAACAGAUCUAUAAACACAAAUCCUUUAAACUUGCAAAGACACAGGAAAAUCCAGAAUGGGAUGAGCCUUAUGAGCAGUUUAUGAAGUUGCAUAAGGAAGUGACUGAUUUCAUUGAGGAGGUUGAAAAAUUCCAGAAAAUCGUUACGGAUCUAUGCGGAAACAUGGUCAAGAUCGGCGAGACGUUAAUGACCGGUAUCCAGGAGACGGACUCCGAAGCGAGCCAGAAGAUCGCUACCAGCUACGAUCAGAUCAUGAAGGAGUGUGCUGACGAGCCUCUGAAGAGCGCAACCCAGCGCAUCAACGAAGAGAUUCUCACGCCUCUGAGGGAAAAGCUGAGCGACAUGAAGGAAGUUCUUAUGGCCAUCGAAGCGCGUAAGAAGGCCAAGAUGGACUACGAUCACUACUAUUUCAAGGUGGAGGAACUUCAAAGCAAGCCGAACACCGAUCCCAACAAGAUGGUUCGUAACCAAGACAAGCGUCAGGAGUGCCAGACCACGCUGACGACCAUCACGGACCGCCUCAUCAGCAAGUUCGACGAGUACGAAGCGGCGCGCCCCACGUUCCUGGCGUACGAAACGCGCACGUUCCGCUCGGUCCAGAAGGAGUUCUUCUCCACGCUGGCGCAGAAGAUGGACAAGUUCAAGGUCACCAAGCCCUACGAGGGCAUGCCGCAAGAGCCCAUCGUCGCGCGCUACGACCCUCACUCCUCCUUCGCGCAGGCCGAUCUCUCCACAUCGCGCAGAGGGCCCAAGGCGCGGCGCAACGAGGCUGACGACGACGACGAGGACGACGACGAGGACCCGCGCACGCGACGCGGCGGCCCGCAGGCGCGGCGCUCGACGCAGCAGGGCUCGUUCCGCCGCCCCACGCCCGGCGCGCAGGCGGAGAACGCGUUCAGCCGCGGCGGACAGAAGAAAAACCCGUUCGGAGGGAAGGGAGCGAGCGCGCCGGUGCCGGUGGACGUGGACGACAUGGAGGAGACCGCGAGGCCCGCGCGGAAGCCGAAGGGAAUCAUGGCCCGCGUGCUGUACGACUUCGCGGGGGAGGACGCGGACGAACUGCCGCUGCGCGAGGGCCAGAAGGUGCGCGUGACGCGGCAGCACGAGAGCGGCUGGUGGACGGGCGAGAUCAACGGCAAGGUCGGCAUGUUCCCCGCCAAUUACGUGGAACUUUUGUGGGCUGUUUGA